GUAUGGGUAUUACGAUUUGGCUGCUGACGUGCUGGCUGAAAACCCUGCACUCACCUACAGUUGCCUCGAACCGGACGAAUAUGAGUUUCUGAAUUCCCUAAUAUUAUCGCAGGCGUCACCAGAAGAAGGGGUCAAGCAAUUGGCUCAGUUGGCUAGGAAACAUAUUGAGAAACUACGCACGAUCACGAAGGCGAUCCAGGAAGGGCGAAAGAAUCGGGAUAAAAAAGGGCUGAAAAUUGCACUAAAAGAGUUCGAGGAAGCACUUGACGAGUAUAUUCCGGUGUUGAUGGCAGAGGCUAAGAUAUAUUGGGAAAUGGAGGAUUAUCAGAUGGUGGAGCAUCUGUUCAGGCAGAGUGCGGAAUUCUGUUCCGAGGAUGAAAGAUGGAGGCUCAAUGUGGCACAUGUGUUUUUCAUGCAAGAGAAAUUUGAGGAGUGUAUUCGGUACUACGCGAAAAGAUGUUUCCUGGCUCUUGCUGAGAAUAUGGCUAAGGAUAUGGUUGUUAUUCGUGAUGAUACAUACCAUAACAUUCUCAACUUCCUCGACCGAGCAGCUCGUCACGGCAAGCACAUAGAAACUGUUGUUAGUCCUAUUGAUAUGGAAAAAAUAAUCGAAGUUCAGAAUGCGGCUGCCCAAGCUGCUGCUGAUGCGGUUGGUGAAUCAAGUGAAUUCGGAAGGGAUGAAAAUAACCCUAAUAAUUUGGGCGUUGCCGCGGCUGUGAAAUCGGCAGCUGCGGCAGCUGCGGUGGCCGCUGCCUCCAUUAAUAAGAAAAAGAAUAGGACCGUCACGUGA